GGAUUGUUGCGCUUGUUGAUCGACGCGACUCUUUCUCUGGCUGCGGCUUCCGGGAAACGGAGCGCGGGUGGAGGAUCGCCAGCCGGGAUGUCUCUGCGCUCUGCGCCCCUGUUGCUUCUAGUAUUGGUGACGGUCGCCUCGCAGGAGAGCCGCUUCGGCAACUCCUCGCACUCCCUGAAGUAUUUCUACACCUCCAUCUCGGACUCCAGUCAGGAAUCGCCUCAUUUUGUUGUUCUGGGGUACGUGGACAGUCAAGUCUUUGCUCACUACGACAGCAACAGCCAGAAGUUCCAGCCUCGAGUCUCCUGGAUAGAGAAGGUGGAGAAGAAAGACCCCCAGUACUGGGAAAAAUACACCGAGAUAUUACGUGACAACGAGAAGCUGUUCAAAGAAGACCUGGAGAAGCUGAAGACUCGCUACAAUCACAGCAACG